GUUGUUGACCUUCUGACUCUAACGACCAAUCAGCGACCGAUUUAAGAUACAAACACCAAUCAGCGCAGAGUAUUCUCCACUAACCGGAUCAUCCCGUGCCGGACCUUCUAACGGGAGCGGUCCUCCCCUGCAGGUCCUGACGACCGGCUCUGGGUCGGUUCUGAGUUCGGGAUGGCGAACGUGCUGUUGAAGCUAGCUGGCGGUCCUCGUGUUGUCACGCGCCUUCGCCCCUUGACUUGUCUUCAAGGUCGUUCUUCGGUUCCGGAGGUCCAAGCAAACCACUUUCACGCUCACGCCGCGCUGCUAAACUCCAACCGGUCGUCGGUGGUCCGCUGCGGCCGGCAGAAAUACGAGAGGCUGUACCCGGUGAUACUGGUCCGUCCGGACGGGUCCACCAUCAACAUCCGGUACAAAGAGCCCAGACGGAUCCUGCAGAUGCCGAUAAAUGUGGCGACUUUGUCUGAAGAGGAGCGCCGGAGCCGACUGAAGAAGAAGGAAGUGAAGGCGCCCAAAAGCCAGACAGCUGAGGUGCAAGAGGAUGACUUCAGCGUGGAGCACUACAGCCACCUGUGGAAGAAGAAGUGAUGCACCUGAACGCAGCAGCGAUGGAGAACUCCAACACAGGGACUGUGAAAUGUUCAGGAACUCCCUAAAAAUAAAACAAAUGUGCAGAAA